ACCACAAUGCAUUGGUAACGGAAUACCCUUCAAAAUGAGUGGCCGGUCAUUCAUUAGAAACACAUCUUUUAAAGAAGAGACAGACAGCGACAGACCAACGCAACUUCACACUGGAACUCCUGUUUCGUACAGACAAGAAGCACACGACAGAUGGUCGAAUAAUAGACCAUCAGACGAUCAGCCAGAUCAAGUUCAGACCUUUGCAGGAUGGACCAUAGGUAUUUCAAGUGGAAUUUUAGCAGAACAUAUAUUGGCACAUCCAUGUAUAGUACUGAGGAGGCAAUGUCAGGUACACCACACUGCAACAUGGUACCACCUGACUCCAUUUACCCUGUUACCUGUUAUGUACAAGUUACAACAACAACAGGGUAUGUCAGCAUUAUGGAAAGGUAUAUCUAGUGCUUUUGUAUGUCAAGGAGUUCAAAUGGUCAGUGAAACACUCAUUAGUGAGAUAACACCCCUCCCUAAAGAAAUAAGCAGACACCAUACUGUGAAGAAACAUGUGCAACAUUUACUUCUUAAAGGUUUAGCUUUUGUAGUAACUACUCCAUUUUUAGUAUCUAGUCUUGUGGAAACAGUUCAGUCUGAUGUAUCAAGUGAAAGACCGGGAGUAUUUAAUUGUGUGACGGAAGGUGUCACUAGACUGAUGGGGAUGGGGUCAACACAGUUUACAAAGUUAAUACCAAUCUGGAGAUUACUCUUACCGACUGGAUUAGUGGGAUUAUCUCGUUAUAUCAUCAUGCAAAUGGCCAGAUAUACAGUUAUAACAACUAUACAGCAAGAGGAACAGGAAAAAAGGCAAGCUGCAAUUUCAUCAGAAGGAUACUUUCAGACAAAGUCUAUGUAUGACAUACAUUUUCCUGAAAUGUUAGCCAAUUUUACUGGAGGAUUUCUAGCCGACAUGAUGUUUUUCCCCCUUGAGACAGUAUUACACCGACUUUAUCUACAGGGAACCAGAACAAUAAUUGACAAUACUGAUACUGGAGUGUCUGUUAUACCUAUCAAUACCAGUUACCAGGGGAUCAUUGAUUGCUUCAGAGAUAUUAUAUUAGAGGAAGGACUUUCUGGACUCUACAAAGGUUUUGGAGCACUACUGUUACAGUAUGCCAUACAUGCUGCUAUUUUAAGACUUGCUAAAUUUCUUUUCAAUAAAAUAUCUAGUGAAUUUUCUGCCAGGAAUAAAAACACAAGCCGUUUAUGAUUUCUAUUGUAUAUGUUUAUUAUUUUUUGUUAUAUUUAUUAAGAUACCUUUUAUGUACUUCAUCUAUUCAAUGGCUUUCACCAUGCUUACUUUCAAUUCAAUUUUUCUUAAGCUUAUAGUAUAAACUUAUUUUUGGAAGGAAUGGAUGCAUGAUUACUUUUUAUUUUGAUAAUUUUUAUUUAAAUUGCUGCUUUCAAUAUAAAACGAUUAUAACUCUCUCAUCCAAAAUUGACCCUAAAGGAAUAAUGCUUGGUAUUUGACUAAAGUUAAACUGCAACUUUUAAGUGAUUUUUGUGGACUUAGUUUUUUUUUUUUUUUUACCACAAAUCCAAAUACUAGAUAUCAAUUGAUGAUUUUUGGAAGUUGAAUUACCUUUUUAAAUCUACAUUAUUUCAUCUAAACAGAAGAUAUCUUGGUAUAAUCCAUUAUAAGGUUUGAAACAAAUUUAGAAAUAGGUCCACGUUUUGAUUGAUAACAGAUAACUGUGAGUUUUUUUACUGUAAAUAUGCAUUUGGAUCUUAGUUACAGUAUCACCAAUAUUUAAGUCUACGCACAACUUUUGAAGAUUCUGUAUACAUGUGUAAAAAUCUUAGUUAUCAAUAUACUUUUUAAAACUAUAAAUUACAGUGCUAAAAGAUUACAUGGCCACAACAAAAUUAUAUGUAGAAAAAAAUUAUACCUGUUUUUUAGCCCUGUUUAAUAAUCUAUACUGGUAUUAUAAUUAUAUUAUUCAAUUAUAAACAUUAUAAAUGUCUGUGUUAGAAUCUAAAGAGCUAUGGGUAAAUUCAUUGUUUGUACCUAAAAUUAAAACAACUUCCAUGUCAUUGGUUGAAUUUCCUAUUUUUAUGAUGUUUUUUACCAAUCACUAUAUACAUUUUAAAAUUAUUACAGAGAAUGCAUUAGAAACAGAAAUGGUGAAUUGCUGCAGUGUAAUCAGUUAGUUGUAAAUGGUAUAAUAUGUAGAUGAGACAUUAAUAUAUUAUUUAUAUGAUUUUUACAAUAGAACUUGAAAUUUAUAUUGAAAUAGACAUUCAGUCACCAUAGUUACAGGAUCAUCAUCUGUUGUCACUCCCUCCUUUUACAGUGUCUAUAAAACAAGGAAUUAUAUGAAACUUGAAUAAUUUAGUUUUGGAUGUAACAUGUCUUCUGAUUGGCUGACGUUAUUUUGUUAUUAGCCCAUAGACAUAAUUAAGUCAUGUGACGUUGACGUCAUCAAUAUUUUUUCAAGGUUUUCUACGGUUUAAAAUGGAAUUGAGAAUUAAAUUAUAAGAAAUGACUGUAAUAUUUUUCUGUCUAUUCGAAAUAUCAUAAAAAAUGUGGUGCACACUGUAACAUAACCCGAUACACGCGUUAUUCAGUGUGCACCAAAUUUUUUAUGUUAUUUCUUCAUAGACAGAAAAAAUAUUACAGUCAUUCCUUAAAUAAAUUUGAAUUCUUGAAAAUGAUGAAAACUAACUCAACUAAAUAGGGUAAGUCAUGCACACAUAGUUUGGUUAGUUUUCAUUAUACAAUUCUAAUCAAUUUUCGAGAAUUCUAAAUGAUUCCAGAUUCCAAUAAUUCCUUGUUUUAAGUAAAUGAAAAUUAAAUAAACUAUUUUAUACCAUUUAAAUAUAUACUUAUUGUAUAAAAUUUUAAAAGAAAACAAGUAGAAUGAAUUGUUUUGAUGGAAUUAUUAGAUACUUAAUAUUCAUAUUUAUGAAUAAAUAAAUUACAUUUACUUUGAUUAUUUUUUGGUUUAUUAUUUUUUUUAAUGAAAGCAACCAUAACAAAAAUUAAAACAUGUUUUUUAGGAUUUUGUUAUUUUGUUAUUUUGAAAUUAAAAAAACAUACAUGUUAGGUUUGUUUUCGCCUCCUAGUUUUCCAAAACAUUUUUUAAUGGAAUGCCUAGCACAAAUUUUGAUUUUGUCAAAAGUGAAAAAGCUUGACAACAAAAUAUUCAGAAUAUUUGAGGAUGUAGCUUUCAUUUAGAAAAGAAUGAAAAUUUGGAAAAUUUCUAGGAGCAUAGCAUACAAGGUAAAUUUACCUUUCACUUUAUAAACAGGAUUUGUUUUAAAUUAGAUAAAUUAAAAACCGAAACUCUAGGAAAUAAAUAAGCCAGUAAUAUGAAAAAAUAUCUAUAUUAAAACUUGCAACUGCCAAUAAAACUAAUACUGAUCUUUGACCACAAACAGGACUGCAAUUGGUAGUUCACCUGAAAUACCUAACUUUCUCUGAACACAUUUAAAGAAAUAUGAUAAGAUGUUUUGUUAACGCAAGUUCAACACAGUUGCUGUUUCAGAAAUAGGUCAACAGAAGUUCACCACAGUUGCUUCACCUGUAUAUAUAUAAUUGUACUAGUUUAUUUCAUAUUUAUUUAUAUUUGUUGUUAUUGAAAAUUUUAUAUA